AGGUCUCAGUCUGCAUUCUCCCUGGCUAGUGAAGAUAUGCCCAGUAAAGGACUAGACCUUGCAUCAUCUGUGACUGAGGCUCUUUGGAGGCAGCAAAAAGGACAAUUCAGGAAACAGAAGGAUCGCAAGCUCUCUGCAUUACCCAGCUGGAAAAGUGUGGACAGGCUAAAUGAAACAAAUCCACCUUCUGUUUUGCAAAGCACUGAUGGAAACUGGGUAGCUUUGCAGAAUGUCACCUUGCCUCGUCCUCGAAUGCUCGCCAAACCAAAGAGUCAAGUAUUUGAAGCUUUGGAGAAUGAAUCCAGUGUUGUGUCUGCCUAUGAUGAGAUGGGCUCAGACAGUGAGGAUGACUAUGACUGGAAUGGGGCCUUGAACAAGCUGCAUCGGAGACCUCAGCAAUUACCAGAUGAUCUGUAUUAUACCAAUUCCCAGUAUGGUACUGAAUGGGUUUAUGGCAAUAAUCAGUGCCAGGCAGUGACCUCCCCUUCCUCUGGGUUAUACACCAAUACUGAGACACUGUUGUCUGAUUCUGAAACAUCUUCAGUAAACUCUUUCCAGGAAGCUAAAGGACCUAACAAACUUCGCUGGUCACGAAGCAGAACUCGAAGUGAUAUGCCCAGAAUGGAAAAAAAACAUUUCCACGGAGAACUAGAUGUAAAUUUCAAUCCACAGCCAACCAGCGUGGAGUAUUCGGACAGCAGUGAGACAGAAGAAGUCCAUUAUAAUUCAGAAAAGAGAUCAAGAAGGUGGAGGAAGAACAAAGCAGUUUCUGAAGAAUUACGUGAAGGAAAAAAUCGCACAAAAACCAACAAGAUGAAUUUAAGUCAGGAUUUUGAUGAUUUAUCAGAAACAGAUAUAAGCAGUGAGGAUCCACAUCGUAACAUCAAGCCUGGCUUUUUGGAAGAGGAGCUUAAGUCCAGGUUAUUUCAGCUUGCUGCUGAAAUGAAUGACAAGGAAACAUCUUCUGGUGAAGAACAAGAGUCAGAACCUAGAACAGACCCUGAAAACCAAAAGGAGAGUUUGUCCUCAGAGGAAAGUGGCAGAAGUAUUCAGGAAGAGUUAAAGAAGGAAAAUCAAAAGGCUUUUGAUCUUCAUUUAAAGUUGCAGUUUUUAUCCACUGUAUUGCAGCAGAAGUACUCUGCUGUCUCUCUCUGCAACAUAUCUACAGAGGUCCUGAAAGUCAUCAAUGCCACUGAAGAGCUGAUAGCAGAAUCCACCGGUCCCUGCGAUUUCCCAGCUGAUGUUCAGGAGAGAGCAAGAGGGACGUUCCCGCUGGGGACGGACCCCGUCAGACUCGAUGAGCAGCUCACCACACUGGAGGAAAACGUGUACUUGACAGCCGGCACCGUCUACGGGCUGGAGGGGCAGCUGACCAACCUGGAGGAUGCCGCACGCAAGAUCAACAGUGUCACUGCAGAAUCUGAGCUGGCCAAUCUGGAGGAUCAGGUGGCCACAGCAGCCGCCCAGGUUCAUCACGCAGAGCUUCAGAUUUCAGAUAUUGAGAGCAGAAUAUCAGCUCUCACUGUUGCAGGCUUGAACGUGGCUCCAUGUGUUCGCCUGACAAGGAAACGGGAUCAAAAGCAAACGAACCAGAUGCAUACAAUAGACACAUCGAGACAGCAGAGGAGAAAACUUCCAGCUCCACCAAUAAAAGGUGAAAAACCAGGUGGUUCUCCAGUAGCUGCUGUCAGAACGUUUAACAGAAACUUUGUGCUUCAAGGUUCUCUAACACGAAGAACUAAAGACAGGAAAAGCACUGCCAAGGACUUAACGGAACCUGCUAUAGGAUCUGCUGUGAUGUACUAA